GAGAUGACACUGAUUCACGUACAUCCGUAUGUCCCUGGCUUGCUCCUUUGGAUUAUGAAGCUCUCAAGCUCCUUUGCUUUGCCAAGUGCUACUGAACUGCUGCAUCCGUCCAACAGCACUGCUACUGAUCUCAUGUUUGGCCUCGGAAUCCCGAGAACCAGAAGGAAGCGAUACAUUUCCCCCAGAGACAUGAAUGGCUUGCUGGACUAUCACAACCAAGUGCGCUCCAAAGUCUUCCCACCAGCUGCCAAUAUGGAAUACAUGGUGUGGGAUGAGCGGUUAGCCAAAUCUGCUGAAUCCUGGGCGAACCAAUGUAAGUGGGACCACGGACCAACCCAUCUGAUGCGCUACAUAGGCCAGAAUCUCUCCAUCCACUCUGGAAGGUAUCGGUCCGUCUUGGAUCUAGUCAAGGCUUGGUACGACGAGAGACAACAUUACUCUUUUCCUUACCCGCGGGAGUGUAACCCCAGCUGUCCCAGCAAAUGUAGCGGCUCCGUGUGCAGCCAUUACACACAGAUGGUGUGGGCAUCGUCCAAUAAAAUGGGCUGCGCCAUCAACACUUGUCACAACAUCAACGUGUGGGGAAGUACGUGGAGACAGGCCGUCCUUUUGGUGUGUAAUUACUCCAUCAAGGGUAACUGGAUAGGAGAAGCCCCAUACAAGCUGGGAAGGCCGUGUUCGGCGUGUCCGCCCAGUUACGGGGGCGUCUGCAGCAAUAACAUGUGUUUCUCCGGUGUGAAAAACAAUAAGCUCAGCUGGUUUUAGGUGAAAGAACAUCCACGCCCACUUCCUGAUUUUCUCAAAACCACAACCUUGAAUUUCUUAUGUGUGUCUAGUGGAAGGUAGGUAGGUUGCAGUUGCACGCAGGGUAGCCUACCUACACUUUACUUACAGGGGGCCGAUUAUCCUACCAGAGUGCAAUGGAAGACGUCAGAGAGGGCGUGUCUUGUAUAAAUUAGCUGCUCAGUCUAUGGGUGACAAGGCUGCUUCAUUGUAAUUGGCUCAGGAAUAUGGGUGCACGUGAUCUUAGCUCUGUCACAGAACACACUAAGUUGUC